UUUUUUUUAAGCCAACGUCAAAACAAAAGUUUCCACGCAUGGAUACAGAGAUUUGCCGCAUAUGUUUAAAUGCAUCUAAAACGCUGGUGAACAUUUUCGCUUUGCGGGAGCAAAUUCACAAUGGCCAAUCGGAGCCCAGCCUGGCGGAUAUGCUGAACGCAUGUGCUGCUUGCCACAUCAAAAUCAAUGAUGGACUGCCGCAACAAAUCUGCCUGAGCUGUGUCCUAAGUGCACAAAAUGCGUACAGAUUUAAGCGCAAGUGCGAGGAGAACUAUCAACAGCUGUUGAAGUCCAUGAAGAAAAAGCCCGAAAAAACAAAAACAGAACCAGAUUCUAAGCACGUAAAUCAGAUGAAGGCGGAAAAAAUACAGUAUAAAUGCCAACUUUGCAGCAAACAAUUUGCGCAUUUGAGCCUACUGCGUGUACACAAAAAAUGGCACCUUGAAAACAAAUCAAGGGUCAAAGUCACCGCAUUACCAAAGCAAAAAUACCCCGUUCGGCAAAAGAGUCGCAAUUUGCCGGUAUCA